AACAUGGCCGGCGAGUCCCAGAAGAAGCAGCACCUGUCGGCUUUGGUGGGGCACACCAACGGGCUCACCAAGCCCCCCUUCUUGGCAGCUGCUGCCCGGGGCCGAAGUGGGAUGGCCAGCGGUGCUGCUGCUGGUGGUGGUGGAGGGGCCACUUCCAAGAAGUUAGUGAUCAAGAAUUUCAGAGCGAGACCAGCAUUGCCUGAUAGCUACACUCAGGACACUUGGAAGAAGCUUCAUGAAGCAGUCAAAGCAAUUCAAAGUAGUACGUCCAUUAAAUAUAAUCUAGAAGAGCUCUACCAAGCUGUAGAAAAUGUCUGUUCUUACAAUGCAUCACCUACACUGUACAAACAACUGCGACAAGUCUGUGAAGAUCAUGUGAAAGCACAAAUACUGCAGCUUAAAGAAGAUUCUCUUGACAGUCUCUUAUAUUUAAAGAAAAUAAAUAAAUGCUGGCAAGAUCACUGCAGACAAAUGAUCAUGAUUAGAAGCAUUUUUUUGUUUUUGGAUCGUACUUAUGUACUCCAGAAUUCAACGAUACCUUCUAUAUGGGAUAUGGGGCUAGAACUUUUUCGAAACCACGUUAUUAGUGAUAUAUUAGUUCAAAGAAAAACUAUUGCUGGAAUCCUACUGUUGAUUGAACAAGAACGAAAUGGUGAAGCUGUGGAUAGAAGCUUGUUACGAAGUUUAUUAAGCAUGCUGUCUGAUCUACAAGUUUACAAGGACUCAUUUGAACAAAGGUUUUUAGAAGAUACAAACCGUUUAUACACUGCAGAAGGCCAAAGGUUAAUGCAGGAAAGAGAGGUCCCAGAAUAUCUUCACCAUGUUAACAAACGCUUAGAAGAAGAAGCAGAUAGAGUAGUAACUUAUUUAGACCACAGCACACAGAAGCUACUCAUUUCUUGUGUGGAGAGGCAGCUGUUAGGAGAGCACUUAACAGCUAUUUUGCAAAAAGGACUCGAUAAUCUGCUUAAUGAAAACAGAAUAACAGAUCUUACUCUGCUGUGCCAGCUGUUUAGCCGGGUAAAAGGUGGACAACAACUCCUCCUGCAUAGCUGGGGUGAAUAUAUCAAGAACUUUGGAACAGCAAUAGUGAUAAAUCCUGAAAAGGACAAGGAUAUGGUACAAGAGCUGCUAGAUUUUAAAGACAAAAUGGAUCAUGUCAUAGAACUAUGUUUUCAGAAAAAUGAGAAAUUCAUAAACUUGAUGAAGGAAUCAUUUGAAACAUUUAUCAACAAGAGACCAAAUAAACCAGCAGAACUGAUAGCGAAACAUGUAGAUUCAAAGCUAAGAGCUGGCAAUAAAGAAGCAACAGAUGAAGAACUGGAAAGAAUUCUGGACAAAAUUAUGAUAAUAUUCAGAUUUAUUCAUGGUAAAGAUGUUUUUGAAGCAUUUUAUAAAAAAGAUUUGGCCAAAAGACUUCUGGUUGGGAAAAGUGCGUCAGUAGAUGCUGAGAAAUCAAUGUUGUCUAAGCUUAAGCAUGAAUGUGGUGGUGCUUUCACCAGUAAACUGGAAGGAAUGUUCAAGGAUAUGGAACUUUCAAAGGAUAUUAUGGUUCACUUUAAACAGUACAUGCAGAAUCAAAGUGGCCCAAGCAAUAUAGAUUUAACAGUAAAUAUACUUACUAUGGGAUACUGGCCAACUUACACGCCGAUGGAUGUCCUUUUACCUCCAGAGAUGGUUAAGCUUCAAGAAGUAUUUAAGGCUUUUUAUCUUGGAAAGCACAGUGGUCGAAAACUUCAGUGGCAAACUAGUUUAGGACAUGCUGUCCUCAAAGCAGACUUUAAAGAGGGGAAGAAGGAAUUCCAAGUAUCACUCUUCCAAACGUUAGUGCUUUUAAUGUUCAAUGAAGGAGAUGAAUUUGGUAUUGAAGAUAUUAAAAUGGCCACUGGUAUCGAGGACAGUGAAUUGAGAAGAACCUUGCAGUCUCUGGCCUGUGGUAAAGCACGAGUAUUGAAUAAAAGUCCAAAGGGCAAGGACAUAGAAGAUGGAGACAAAUUCACCUUCAAUGAUGAUUUCAAGCAUAAAUUGUUCAGAAUAAAAAUCAAUCAAAUCCAGAUGAAAGAAACUGUUGAGGAACAAGUCAGCACAACUGAAAGGGUGUUUCAAGACAGGCAGUAUCAGAUUGAUGCUGCUAUUGUACGAAUAAUGAAGAUGAGGAAGACACUUAGUCACAAUCUUCUUGUUUCAGAGUUGUAUAAUCAGCUAAAAUUUCCAGUGAAGCCUGGAGACCUGAAAAAGCGGGUUGAAUCUCUCAUAGACAGAGACUACAUGGAGAGAGAGAAAGAUAAUCCUAAUCAGUACCACUAUGUUGCAUGAUGAAAAAGAAAGACUAUUUUUAUAAAACAAAAGAACACUGACUUCCCAGUAAUGGAUACCUGUGCUGUUCCUGGACUUUACUUUUAACAGAUCUGGAAAUUUUGUUUGUCUAGUCAGUCAGUUGCAUGUACUGCUGAUACUUGAAACCUCCUUGCCUAGAGUCCAUGGUAGCAUUCAGUUAUUUUUAGACCUGCCUCUUACAUUUUUUUGAGGUGUCUGUUUGAAUUGGGGGGAGGAGAUGACUUGGAGUAAAGAUUAUAUAUGUAGCAAUUCUUCAACAUAUGUAUCUGCGUGGCUUAAAUUUGUUAUUGAUUUACUCCUAAUACUAUUGGCUUCGGGGGAUUAUUUGGUUUCUGUUUAAAAUUCCAUUGAAGAAUGUCAGUUAUCUCAGAGUACACUGAAUUUUUAAGUAUGCACAGAAAAUUCAAAUAGUUCUAUUUGAUUUUUUAAAAUCUCACAUCUUUCUAAACUGUAUCCUAGUUUAGCUAAGUCAAGUGCCAAGAAGAUGACAGCUUUAAAAGCAUAUAUGUUUGAGUUUUCUGUUUAGCUGAAGAUAGUCACUGGUAAAAUACUCUAACCUCCCCCCCCCCCGGUCCAUAUUAGAAUGUUUCUAAUAAGCACUCUAAUUUCAGGAUAAUUGUUAAUAACAAUUAUUCCUGUAAAAAAUGGGACAACUUUGUUUGCUUUUAACAGUAGCACACAGUAUUUACUAUUCAGUGUAUUCUUAGCCAGACAUUGCACAGUCCUGUUGUGAAAAUUUGGGGGACAGUCCCUCUACAGAUCCAUACCUCUAUAUCUGCAGGAAAGUGCACAUGAGAGAGGAUUCCUGUAUCAGUGGCUCUCCUCCCACACAUUACUGUGUGCAGUGGAGGGAAUGGAUUUCUCUUAUAGUUUGUCUACAAAGACUUUAUAGUAGGUAUGCAAAUAUGGAAGUUAACUGAAGUUCAGAGAAUUAAAGAGAUGUAAACUGAUAAAAACAUAACUGCCGGUUCUACAGGAUACACAUAUUAACAUGUUAAAAGCUACCAAAAGCGUUUUGACGUACCUGUCAUGAAUGCUACCAAUGCCUUCAUGCACUUGUUUUGCGCAAAAUUAGCACUAUGGUUUAUUAUAUAAAUACAAUCCCAUGGACCAUUUUGACUUUUGCAAAUUAAAAUUCUCCUUUUGUCACAUAUA